ACGGAAAGAACCAAAGAAGAACAAUAUCACUUAUCCCGCACCUACGUAAGAAAGAAGUUCAACAUACAUAGAGUACAUACAUCAUCACCAACAACGAGUUGACACAUCAACAGCAACGGCACCGUUUGGGAGAUCCAGAGCGUGACGUUGCAAAUGUAGAUCUAGAUACAGUGCGACUCCCAUACAUAAAAAAACACAUAAAACAUUCACUAAUACGCUUGGGUCUUUCGGUCAAGUCACGUAAAUAAAAAAUGCGUCACUUUACCGAAAGACCCAAGAGUAUUAAUUACUGCAGUCACGGAAGCUAUAAGUCAACAUUCACUAACGAUAACCGUCUCGCUCUCCGUUUACCUUGCUCACAAUGGCCUUCAUUUUAAAUUAAUAAUAAUAAUGGAAAGCGUAAUUAUAUUGGUCUCGUUGCAAUACACAUUUCAUAGGAGGUUGUGUUCUGAUUAUUAUGGGGAGGGGAAUCAAUGCGCACACCCUGCGGGUAUCAUUCCUCUGUGUUUUUUGCUCAAAUCGGUGCUUUUCCUUUGAAACGGUUUUUGUUGUUGUUGCACAAAUCGAUAGGACGGGUAGGAAUGAUACGCUUUAGACCCCCGCCUAGGCGAGGUCCCAUUUACACGUCCAUGUGUUUUUUUUAUGGAAUACGUGAAUUUAGGACGCAGUGAAUGUGGAGAAAUGUUUUUACUUUUGUAAAAUAUACUUGACGGCUCCUUUGACAUUCAUCCACUGAAUGAAGGCCCUCUCAAAAACUGUUUUGUUUAUGGGAAUUGGGAUUGCUUGACUAUACUUCACCACGCUACUCAGUGUGGAUUGGUGAAAGGUUAGGAGGUGGUGUUGCAGGAGCGCUUCAGAUAUCCAACGCCACUAACAACAGAAGCCGCAGCCGGCGUUAGACAAUGGGACUCAUCGCUAGCGCAGCGCGAUCACCACUGUGCCGGAAUUGUGUAAGUCAAGCAAUGUGCCCCUGCCUCUCAGUGACAACCCACUGGCAGUCGUCACGAUGUCGCGUUUGGAUGCAGUCAACCACUGACUGCGGCGUCUGUCGUGGGAUUGGGUGUCGCUGCGAUGGUGUCCCUGGCGAAUGUGGGCCCCGCUCAGCGCGACACGGACGGCGCGCGUGGCGUUAGGGGAGGCGGGUGGGCGCGCAGUGCGGCCCCGCGCCCGCUAGAUGGAGACGGCACGCCGGCACCAUCCCCGCAGGGCAAGAAUAUCCGCUGACGGUGCAAGCGUCGACCGAGUCUCACGCAUGACAGCCUCUUGAAUUAAUUACCAAAGAUUUAUCCCAGCUAAGGCUUUUGUUCGCUGGCGUUACGUCAUCUCACAGGAAUAUCUUCCCUUUCUCUCUGUGUGUGUGACUGCGCUAGCCCAGUUGCCGUCGCUCCGCCCCAUACAAUCGCCCAGACACGCGCACAGACACGCACAUACACGCACAAGUACCCAGCAGUAAACACGCGCACACGGAGACACCACGGACACACACGGACGGCGUGCGGCGGUGGUGCGCGCCCCCCUGUCAGCGCGCAUGCUCCGCGAGGUCAUUCGCGUCUCCUCCUCGAUUCGGGGGCGCCCGGGCGCUUCUGCAGCUGGGAUCGCACCGCGCUGAUUAGGAUGACCGCUGGGCAUUGGCACCACCACCACCACCACCCCCUGCACACCACCAGUGCCGCCGCCGCAUUGCUGCUGCUGCUACUGCCCUCCCCGGGAACAACCACAACCACCACCAUCGUCGCCGCCGCCUUUGAGCCGAGGCUGCUGCUGCUGGGACGGGCGCGGGGGCUGCGCACUGCGGUGGAGGAGGAGGCGGAGGAGGAGGCGGCGGAGGCGGCGGCACCUCCACCAUGCCAGGAGGCACGCGGGGACUCGUGGCUCCGCAAAAUACCUUCCUGGAGAACAUCGUUCGCAGAGCUAAUGAUACAAAUUUCUUGCUGGGCAAUGCGCAGAUAUUGGACUGGCCCAUCGUCUACAGCAACGACGGAUUCUGCAAACUCUCGGGUUACCACCGCGCCGAGGUCAUGCAGAAGAGCAGCACGUGUAGCUUUAUGUACGGGGACCUCACCGACAAGGAGACGAUGGAGAAGGUGAAGCAGACGUUUGAAAACUAUGAGUCCUGCUCCUUUGAGAUCCUCAUGUACAAGAAGAACCGCACUCCGCUGUGGUUCUACAUGCAGAUCGCUCCCAUCCGUAACGAGCACGAGAAGGUGGUCCUCUUCCUCUGCACUUUCCGUGACAUCACGGCCUUCAAGCAGCCCAUAGAAGACGAUUCCACAAAAGGCUGGACCAAGUUUGCCCGGCUGACGCGCGCCCUCACCAACAGCCGCAGCGUCCUGCAGCAGCUGACGCCCAAUGUGCACAAGGGGGAGAACGUGCACAAGCACUCGCGCCUCGCCGAGGUGCUUCAGCUGGGCUCGGACAUCUUGCCUCAGUACAAGCAAGAGACACCCAAGACACCUCCACACAUAAUCCUUCACUACUGUGCCUUCAAAACCACUUGGGAUUGGAUUAUCCUCAUCCUCACCUUCUACACAGCCAUAAUGGUCCCCUAUAACGUCUCGUUUAAGACCAAGCAAAACAACGUCGCCUGGCUGGUGGUGGACAGCGUGGUCGAUGUCAUAUUCCUGGUGGACAUCGUCUUGAACUUUCACACCACGUUCGUCGGGCCAGCCGGGGAGGUAAUCUCCGACCCAAAGUUAAUCCGCAUGAACUACCUGAAGACGUGGUUUGUUAUCGACCUGCUCUCCUGCCUGCCGUACGACAUCAUCAACGCCUUCGAGAACGUCGACGAGAGCUGGAACGAGCGCGCCAUCACGCGAGGCAUCAGCAGCUUGUUCAGCUCCCUCAAGGUGGUGCGCCUGCUGCGGCUGGGCCGCGUCGCGCGCAAGCUCGACCACUACAUCGAGUACGGCGCCGCCGUGCUCGUGCUGCUCGUGUGCGUGUUCGGCCUCGCCGCGCACUGGCUCGCCUGCAUCUGGUACAGCAUCGGCGACUACGAGGUGAUCGACGAGGCGACGAACCUCAUCCGCAAACACUCGUGGCUCUACCAGCUGGGCGAGACGAUCGGCACACCGUACCACUUCAACGGCACCCAGUGGGAGGGCGGCCCCAGCAAGGACGCUGUCUACAUCUCCUCGCUCUACUUCACCAUGACGAGCCUCACCAGCAUCGGCUUCGGCAACAUCGCGCCCACCACCGACGGGGAGAAGAUCUUCGCCGUCGCCAUGAUGAUGAUCGGAUCGCUCCUGUACGCGACCAUCUUUGGCAACGUGACCACGAUCUUCCAGCAGAUGUACGCCAACACCAAUCGCUAUCACGAGAUGCUCAACAGCGUCAGGGACUUCUUGAAGCUCUACCAGGUGCCCAAGGGGCUGAGCGAGCGCGUCAUGGACUACAUUGUGUCCACCUGGUCUAUGUCCAAGGGCAUUGACACUGAGAAGGUGCUGCACAUCUGCCCGAAGGACAUGCGGGCGGACAUCUGCGUGCACCUCAACCGCAAGGUGUUCAACGAGCACCCCGCGUUCCGCCUGGCCAGCGACGGGUGCCUGCGCGCGCUCGCGGUCGAGUUCCAGACGCACCACUGCGCCCCGGGGGACCUCAUCUACCACGCGGGCGAGAGCGUCGACACGCUCUGCUUCGUCGUUUCGGGCUCCCUCGAGGUCAUACAGGACGACGAGGUCGUGGCCAUCUUGGGAAAGGGUGACGUGUUUGGAGACGUCUUCUGGAAAGAGCGGGUGAUCGCUCCGUCUUGCGCCAACGUACGUGCGCUCACCUACUGCGACCUGCACGUCAUCCGGCGCGACGCGCUCGUGAAGGUCCUCGACUUCUACAUGGCCUUCGCAAACUCCUUCUCCAGGAACCUCAUCCUCACCUACAACCUCCGCAAGAGGCUGAUCUUCCGCAAGAUAAGCGACGUGAAGCGCGAAGAGGAGGAGCUUCAGAAGCUGAAGAACGAAGCGCCGCUCGACAUCCCGCCGGACCACCCGGUGCGCAAGCUCUUCCAGCGCUUCCGCCAGCAGAAGGAGGCGCGCCUGCAGGCGGAGCGGCAGCGCCAGCUGCAGCAGCAGCAGGACCUGGAGACGGGAGGCUCGUUCUACGACAAGCUCGGCGCCGACACCGCGGGCCCCGCGCCGCCCGGCGUCUCCGCGGCCGGCGAGGGACACCUGUCCGUGGUCACCCUGCUGCGGCCCAAAGUCCAGAACGCAGACGCCGCUCAGGUGCAGGUGGCCGACGCGCGGAGCGCCGUCUCGUCCGCGCCCAAGAGGGCCAGCAUCGGAGGCGGCGGCGGCAAGGGCUGGGCCAAGAUCAAGGGCCCCGCCGACUACCUGCAGGUGGAGGGUGCCAAGAGGGGCGAGUGGGCGGGCGAGCAGGUGGCCAAGGCCGAGUCGAUGGAGACCCUGCCCCAGCGGACGCGCGCGCAGAUGCACGUGCAGGACAUCCACCCGCCGCUACGCAAGACCGACUCGUGUGACAGCGGCAUCACCAAGAGCGACCUGCGGCUCGACCGAGCGGGGGAUGCCAACGCCGCGGGCAGCCCGGUGAUCGGCGCCUGCGUCGGCGUCGGCGGCGCCAGCGGCCCCAGCACGACGCGGCCCAGCCCUACGGAGCCGAGCCCCGCGGCGGCGUCCGGCAUGGCCACGCUGGUGGCGGCCACCACGACGGUGGCGCUGAUGACCCCCCCCGCGGACGGCAAGCAGCCGUUCUCGCCGAUCCCCGAGCAGAGCGUCUACGCGGCCGUCGUGGAGGUGAAACUGGAGCUCAAGGAGGACAUCGAGGCCCUGGGAGAGCGCGUCACGGGCCUCGAGAGGCAGCUCGCCGAGAUCCUGGGCCUCCUGCGCAGGGACGCGAGGCCGCCUUCCACGGCGCCGCGCUCGCCCGCCCUCUCCCCGCAGGAUGUCUACGACAUGUCGAGGCCCAUAACGCCGUCGUCCGACAAGGAAAACUUUCAAUUCUAAAACUAGCUUUAAACGAGAAGGUUUUGCAUAACAGCAGACGUUUCUUGCUUCGGUAGAAAGUAAAAAAAAAAAAAGGAUUUUUGAAACACGGUAGUGACGUAACGACAUUUGUCUUGGAUUUCUUAAAAUGCUGUGAACGUUAAUCACACUCUAUUUUAUAUAAAGUGAGGUGGUCAAGAAUUCCCUGUGGUGACUGCUGCGAGAUGCGUGAAUGCGAAACAAGGUACUGUGCAUACGGCAAGAGUUGAGAAGAUAUCAUGACCGAGUUUACAGUGCUGCGUGUGUGUGUGUGAAGCAGCUGUGAAUAGGAAAUUAAUAUUUCCAGAUUCUGCUCAAAAGUCAAAUUGCUUUUACUUGGAAUGCAUUUAGAGCCUUACACUUCCUUACGUUUUGACUGGUUUUGCCUGCAUGCAUCGUUCUGAAAAACAAUAAGGAGACUAGUAGCGCCGCUAUAAAAUCACGAAUACAACAAUAAUGCAUGAGUGUUAUUACUUGAGGUUGCUACGACGUCACACCCGUGAGCAGUGGAGUGAAUAUUCAGAGUGAAAGUCACUGGUGUUUUGAGAACAGUACUUCACAAAUGCAAUUACAAUUGUAACAUAUUUUUGGGAGUUGUUUUGUAUUCAGGUAUGUUUUUUACGUAUUUAAGUCACGAAAUUACAUUUUCGAAAAGUGAAGAAACGUUUGAUGCUUUUUAUCAGGUUUUUACGUCGCUGGUCGUUGACGCCGCUGGUCGUUAACGCCAGCACUGAAGGGUUGGCACAGAGUGGGCAGCUGUUGGAAGUGCAAGGCUCCAUAGAUUCCUUUUAAAUUGAUUUCUUAACACAAGACUUAAGUGCUGAUAUAGCAAAAAAUGACUUGGGCGUCUACUGCCAAGACGAGAGGUAGUAUUUGUAUGAUUGUUAUUGUUGUCGUUGUUAUUUUAAAAUGCGUCAUUAACGUGACACUAAACACUGGAGGGACAUGUGGGCGCGUGUUUGGAGAUGCGUUGUACUUGAAGCAGGCAUGCAGCACAGCACUAUCAUUGAAUAUAACGUGCUGACAUGCCAAGCAAUCGUGAGCCCCUUGCGUGAGACGUCAAGUGUCUAUUAAAGUAUUACAUUGCUCCUA